AUGGAUCACAUCACAGCGUCUAGAAGCGACUUUGUAGCUACAUCUGGGGUGUUCGGUCCUCCCGAGUUGGCCCCGAUAGAGGAGCAUGUCAGAGUGUUAAUAAAGGAUGUCCUCAAUCAACACUCGAAGGACACCACAGCGCUCCGUGACUAUGCCCUGCGGUCCGGAGGUGCUACAAUAAUUCCUGAGUUCACUUCUGAAACUUUUUGGAAUCUUUCUGUUGGACGUUGUUGGUUAUUGAAAGUCCAAUCACUCUUUACGGGAAUUGACCUACAGUUGCUGCACGGCCUCUCAGCAGAGACAGUGCUCCUUGAUGAUAUGAAACAUGGAGGGUGCUGGGCAUCUCCAGGUUCUCACAUACGGCUCGGCAUUUCUCUACCUCACCAGCUUUUUGUUGAACAAGUGACCAUUGACCACGUACCUCUUCCGGUUGCGCAAGACAUCACUACUGCACCUCGAAAGGUUAUCAUCUGGGGUUUAAUCUAUUCCGAAGAAUCAAUCAUUGUCCCCCCUGACCUUGAUUUUCAACUGAAAACUACUGUCAUGAUGGGCGGCUCAUUCACCGGAACAUACCUGGAGAUUAUCAGCUUCGAAUAUGAUGUCUUUCAUCAGACUCACAUCCAGACUUUUGCAGUGUCGAGGGAAAUAGUGGGUCUUCAGGUUGACUUUGAUGUCAUCGUCGUGGAAGUAAUGAGCAAUUAG